UUUGAUUGCGGCAAAUAUAACGAUGGAAGACACUUAAAUAACAACAAAUGCUUGGAACAUAAGUACUUCUUAGAAAAAUCAUUUGAAAAAAAUCCAAUCGAGAUAUAUUAACACAGGAAUUGUGAUAUUUUUUUCAAAAAUAAGCUCUAGUAACUGUAAGUAAUAAUUACUUGCCGAAUCCGGAUCCAUUACGCUACCGCAGAACCAGCUGUCAAGGGAAUUGACCCGUGAGUAAUUUUCUCGGUUACCACUUGCUUUCCUAACUGGCGCAAUUCCUGUGCUAAAAUGUUGCUAAGAGGAGGACAAUAUACACUACUAUCAAGCUUAUGUUGGCGCACAGCUGCUUCACAGUUUAGAGGAAUGCAUAUAAAGCGUGCAGAAUUAUACAAGAAAUGCUUUCGUAUUUUGGGUGUUAAUGAAGCAGCCGACCAGAAUACUGUACGCAAUGCUUACAUUGAUCUGGUAAAGCGUGUACACCCCGAUUCUGGUCUACCAGAAGCAAGUGCUGAACGUUUUCAGGAAGUCGACGAAGCUUUCAAAAUAUUGCAAGAAAAGUUUGCCAAAAAUCGACGUAAUAUAUUCGAAGAUGAAGAAGAGGAAGUAUUCGAUAUAAAACAUACAGCUCCACAACAUCGUCAAUAUCUCAGCUAUGACGGCGUUGGCUUAGGUAAUCCUUUUCAGCGACAAAAACAAUACCAGCAAAUUAAAGCUAUGAAAGCGCAAGAACGUGUGCUCAGUCAUCGUAUUGAAAAAUCACAAGCCGGUGAACAGACAAUUAUGAAAAAGGGCACUUUUUACAAGAAUCACGCCAUCAAAACGAAAUACGGCUUUGAUCGUAUUUGUGAGGAUCUCAUACAGGAGGCUAUGGCGAAGGGUGAUUUCGAUAAUUUGAAAUGUGCGGGCAAACCUUUAAGUAGCGCGCAAACACAAAAUCCUUAUUUAGACUUUACAACGCACAAAUUGAAUAAAAUACUGCUGGAUAACGGUUUUACACCUGAAUGGAUAACACUACAACGCGAUAUACGUGAAGCAGUGGAAAGGCUAAAAAAUGAACUGCGUGCAGAGCGUGCCUACUUUGGUGACUAUCCGUUUGAUGAAGAAGAGACGCGUGCUUGGCAAGCAGUACUGCAACGUUAUAACGAUGAUAUUAAAGAUAUAAACAAAAAUAUAGAUAAAUACAAUCUAAUUGUACCAAUACUGCAAAAUCAGCUAUUUCGCUUAAAUAUCGGUAAAUUAUCAGAGCAAGUGAUUAGUGACCCAGCAGCACUGAAGCACUUUAAAAAACAAAAGGAACCGUCGAGCGAAACACCGAGUGCAAGUAAUGCGCCUAAAAACGACAUACUUUCGUUUUUUGGUUCACUUUUUUGAAUAAUUUAAUGAAAAACUUUAAUUUGUAUUUGUUGAUAGUUGACAUAACUUUUUUGUGUCUAUAUGUGAUUUUAGGCCGCUGCAGGCUAACGUGAUACGUUAAUAUUGUUUAAAUAUUAUAAAUAAAUUAUAUAGAAGAGUUUUUCUUAAAUAAAUUUUAUUUAACCUAUU